AUGGGUAAAAUCAAAUGGGACAGCGCUGCUGACCAGAUUCUCUUGACCAAGAUUCUCGAGACAUCCGAGAUCAGCGUUGAUGUCCAACGUGUGGCCGACGCAUGGCCCGCCAACGAGGAGGACAAGCCCACUCCUCGAGCAAUCAAGGAACGAAUCAACAAGAUCAAGGAGCUCAGCAAGCGUGCUCGAACCGGUGCUCCAGGAGCUAUUAGCCCAAACACUCCUAAGAAGAGAGCUCCUCGCAAGACUCCCAACAGUGGAGCAACUCCGGCCCGCAAGAGGGGCAGAGUUUCUCAGGCACAGAGAGCCAAGGAUGCAAAGAUGGCCUCGCAACGUGCUGUGGAACAUUAUUCGGAGAGCAGCGAGAAUGAGGAGAUUGAGGACGACGAUGACAGCGAGGUAGAAGAGAUUCUCCAGGUCAAUAUCAAGCGCGAAAAGCACGGCAAUGAUAACGCAGCCAAGAUCAAGCGCGAGGAUCAGGAGAAAGGUGAUGAAAAGUUUGCCCUCGCAAAGAUGAUCAAGGAGGAUGAGAACGAGAUCAGCGUUCCCAAUACUAUCCGAUUUGUGACCAUCAACGAUGAGCAGAUUGGUGAGAUGAGACGCAAAGUCGAUUCGAAGAAGCGCAAGAUCACCGAGGAAGAAGAAGAGGCUCUCUUUGCUGAUCCUAUCCCCAUUCUCUCCAGCCCGGAACAGGAGUCUAAGAUGGACACUAGCCCUGAUGCAACAUCUUUGAAUCCUGCUUCGAACGAAGAGUCCGCUGAAGCUGAAUCUCCGGAGUGGUAUCCCAUGGGGAAGCCACUCCUCAACAAUUAA